CCCGGAAGAUCACGCAGCGUGCCUUACACACUUGACGAACAGAAAUAGAGUUUUGUUUUGUUCCUUCUGCUUUAUUUAUUCUUGAAUUCGUACUAAGAUGAGAACAAUACUUGAGUAAAUUUACAGAUGAAAUAUCAAAAUCUUUGUACGACUAACCAUUCCCAUGGGUUGAUAGUUAAUUGAGGGUCUGUGCCCAUGGUAACAGGGAUGUAGCUUAUCUUUCACUUACAGGUUGUCACAGUAAAAGCGCUUAAACAACAGGGAGUGAACUGCUAGAACAAUUAUUACUGACAAGCUGCCAAGACUUUGCCCCCUUUUCAGUCAUCUUAAGAUGUGUAGAUUAUUUUGUGAUCAGUUCAAGCUCAGUAGCAGUAUUUUAGAUGAUUUUGUGGUCAUCAACUGAAGCUCUGGAGUUAAUUUGGACAUCUUGUUUGCUGUCAGGUCAUCAAUGCAUCGCAUCUUACUUAGAAAGCACUGACCCUGUGGGCACAAAUUUCUGAGAUAAAUAGACAGGCUCAUGAAGACACAACAGUGCUUGUAGGACAUCAUCGUGUUUCAGCCAACCGCUGUCAGUUAACCUCAUCUAGGACGCCUUUAUAAGCAACAAAUCCUGGAUUUCUUUUUAGAAACUGAACAAGUAGAGUGAGAGUGAUGUAAGCUGUGUGACUUUACCUUAACUUCAAGAAGUGAUCAUGGAUAACCUCAAAAACUUAGUGUCCUGUGUUUUAUUGAUUGCUACUUUGUCUGUGCGAAACUGUGCCGGCAUAGAAGAAACUAACAUUUACAAUUUAACUAUUACACCUAAAGAUAUUUACGUUGUGAAUGGCACAAGUGUAAAAAUGUAUUGUCAUGUGGACUCACACACACGAACUGCAAAUGAGCUGGUAUGGUAUGCUAUAAAUGAAACCAUGCGUACACACUUGCCAGGCACUACAGCAAACAACAGCGUCUUGGUACUUAAUACGGAGCCGCCACUUGGUGAUUCAACUUACUAUUGUGCAUUUUCAGAUGAUCUAGCACACUAUGAAGCAACUGUUGUCCACACUGGAUAUAAAGCACAAAAAGCGAAGAAUUUUGCGUGCCACAGUAGAAAUAUAAUCUCUUUCUGGUGCUAUUGGGAGGUAGUAAGGGAGGACCAUGUACUAAUUACUUCUUCAUCUUUCCAUUAUAAACCUUUAGGAGGUGCUUGGCAAGACUGCAUAGACCUGAGAAGCGACAGUGAUGGAAACAGGUGUAUUAUAUCAAUGGACAAUGAUCCUUUAUACAAUUCAUUUAUGUAUGAGGUACAAGUUAAAACGUCAAAUGUGUUAGAUAAUACAACUUCAAGGAUUUAUUUCAAUCCACACCUUCAAGUUCAACCCUAUCCACCCAACAAUUUAAACGGAGAAGCAUUAGAUGGAACUCGAUUGAACAUUACAUGGGAACUGCCUCUAACAUGGGUUCGUCACUACCUUUUGAAGUGCGAAGUUGGCUAUAGAAGAAAAUUGCCUCAAAAUCAAGCUGAGUUACCUAAGACCAAGAGAACUGUUGAAGACUGUUCAGAAAUUAUGGAAUUCGUGAUCGAGAACCUGCAUCCAGCCACAACAUAUGAAGUUACCAUUCGGGCAAUUUUCGAAUUUUCAUCGUCGGAAGCGUGGAGUGAUUGGUCUGAUGACAUUGAGUUGUUAACUAAUGAAGAAGUUCCAAGCGGUUCGGUAUCUCAUCUUCGGAAGACGACAGAAAACGUUGAUACCGAGAAUCCAUCUCUAAGGAAGUUUUACCUGGUUUGGGAUGAAGUGCCAAAGGAUCAGUGCAAUGGUGCCAUUCUUGGGUAUAAUAUAUAUAUUACGGAAGAUGAUAGAUUUCCAGACAGGCCAACGUAUAAUGUGUCAGGCAGUAGAAGGAACAUAGAAAUCAGUGUUGAUCUAUUUGAUACGUUCAGAAUUUAUGUUGUGGCUUUUAAUAGCGCUGGAGAAGGAAAGCUGUCACUGCCUCUAGACAUCUAUGAUAUGACUCGCAUUCCUGGAAAACCCGUUAAUGUUAAAACUACUGCUUUGUCAGCAAGCUCAGUUCUUGUGGAAUGGUCUGAACCAGUUGAGAUCCAUGGCAGGAUUCUUUUUUACAUGGUGGACUGGAAGAAGACAAGUCGGGAUCAAGAAUGGAGUACAGAGGAGGUAGAAGGCAGUGAACAUAGUUACGUGGUUAGUGGUUUGGUUCCUUACACCCAUUAUGAGUUCAGAGUUCAGGCCAACAACUCGGCUGGUCUAGGAGCAUGGUCUAUUAGUUCACAAGUCCUAACACACGAAUCAGAUCCAACAUCGUUUCCCCAAGAUAUAACACUGACCACUGUACAUAAGAGAUCAACAGAGCUUUUGCUAACAUGGAGACCACCAGACAGAAGUUACAGUCAUGGAAAAAUACUAGUUUAUAAUAUAUACUAUUGUGAGAAAUAUUCACCUUCAACCAACACCUUUAAUGCAUCAGAUGAAAUUGAGUGUGAUGCUCCUGAUGCUUUAAACUUCACGGAUGUGGAUGAACAAGAGACGGGUGAAUCUUUCUACCGAUAUACUGUAACAGAUUUGAAAAUGUUCACCGAGUAUCUACUGUGGAUGUCAGCUAGUAACAGUGCUGGCGAAGGGAUUCUAAGCCACAGAGUGUCAGCAAUGACUGAUGAAGGGGCUCCAGAGAAGCCAGAUCCCCCAGUCAAAGAUGAAGUCCAGUCGUUUUCAGUUAGCAUACACUGGAAAGACCCCCAGAAACCGAAUGGCAACAUCACCAAAUACAUUGUCCAUUACGGUACAUCUACAGGAAUCGAAAAUUGUAUUCAUGUGUAUGAAAGAAAUGCAGUGGUGACAGAAAAAAUCUAUGGCAAUGAGAGAUAUAACUUUACAGUGUCUGCUUGUAAUGAUAAUGAAGACCCCGAUCUUUGCAGUCCUUUUUCCGACCCUCUAAUUGUCACAACAUUGGUUGGAAUUCCAGAACCAGUGGUUGAUUUCACAGUUGAUAUCAUUGCCACCGAUAAAGUGGGACUAUCCUGGAAGGAACCAGCUCAUCCAAACGGCAUCAUUUCACACUACAUCGUGAGUUAUCGACCGGAGAACAUAACAGAUUCAAAGUGGACGAAUAAGACCGUGAAGGGUUUGAGUGCGACGAUUCAGGUUGAUUGUGAGACAGGAGCAACGUUCUUCACGUACUUUGUUGCAGCGGUUACAAGAAACGGAUCAAAAGCAUUAAUUGGUACACCAACCCUAAGGAGGUAUGAAAUGUGCAGGAAAUUUCCAGUUCCAGUAAUCAUUAUGGCUGUGUUGAUCCCAGGUCUUGUUUUAAUGAUGGCUGUUGCUUGUUUCUACAUCAUUAAAGUGAAGAAGCUAGAAAUCUUCAAACCAUUCCCAGAGCCACGGUUUAUUGAGGACUUUAUUAUUAAACCAUGGGAUGCUCCGUUAAAACCAGAAAAAGAACAUUUUGAUAAGUUGAAGACAUUUAAUGAUCGGUACACAGCACCACCAAAUAUAAUGCAGGAAAAAAUUGCGCCAAAAACCAGUAUGAGAAUGGAUUCUGAUCAGGGUUUCGAUGAGACAGAAGUGAUGGUAGAGAUGCCGAGCAUUCACGACAAAAAUACCAAUGCUAUUGUGCGCUCUUCCUCCUCAAGUCAGGGCAUUGGACGAUCGAUUGUAGGCCCUGACAAUCACCCAAAUAAUGUAGUAGAAGAUUUUGAAGGGGAUGAUGCUGUUUUUGAUCUCCCUGUUGAGACUUGUUUUGACAAUGAAUAUUACCCUAUGGUAAAUAAUCAGCAUGUUCUCGGAAAUUCUGAUGUUAAAACAGAUUCUAACCUUGAAUCGAUCCCAGAUGGCAACAGUUAUGCCGUUCAAGAUGCAAGAGAACCAAAAGAUCAUACUCUGGUUAAAAGGCAGGAUUCACUGGAAAGUCAUGGUAGUGUAGAAUACCAUACAAUGAGUAAUGAUGGGUUAAUUCCAAUUACUUUAGCCAAGGAUGACAUCAGUAAUUCAUCUGAGUCCCUGCCAUCCUCUCAAAAACCUGUUGAACUGAGCCAAUCUAAUGACUACCAAUGUAUUGGUACAAAGGACUUUUUACCACCUACUUUAAAUACAUCAUCGGUUGAUAAUUGUAGCACAACUUCUGAUUGUCCAGCUUCACCAGACAGCUUUGAAUAUGGUCUUUUAGGCCAUAGUGAGAAUGUUCAACAAGCUUUGCUGGUUGUUGAUCCCUCAAAUCAACAACACAACAAUAUAAACAAAGAACCUGUUCAAUCUUCGAAGUCGAACAGAAAUGAACCAGAUGUUUCAGGUGAUUAUGUUUGUAGUCCCACAUCACUGACGGAUCAUGACAGUAUUGACCCAUACACAGUUAUACCUAUUGGUGGCUCAUCCCCACCACAAUCAUAUAACAGUAUGCCAUAUUCGCAAAUUUCAGUAAGACCAAGUGAGGUCAGAGAAGGCAACCUGAGUGAUGGUGUGACAAAGUGUAAUUACUCAAGGAUACCAGAAUGCUCUGGGCCAUUGACACCACCUGUCAGAACUCAAAAUGAACCAGUAUUUGAAGUACCAGAUUCUGGCAUCGAUAGUGAUCAUAGCAACAACAGCCUUGGUCUUGAGGUCAUUCCAGUUGAGUCUCCAGAAUUUAACACAGAUGGUGGCAACAUUGUGAGCCUACCAACAAGCUUAGCUGGCAACACGGUUAUGCAGAGACCUCAGACUCAACUGGAUAUCGAGCCUCUUAUCAUAGAUGAUUUUUUUGCCCCAACUUGUGAACUUUAGGAAGACCAGGUUGGAUCAAUUGCAUCUGAUCAGAGGACCCAAGUUACAUUAACCUUUGCCAAAUUUGGAUGGAGAAUAUUAUUGUGAGCCCAGUGUUGUACUUACGUUGUAACAAUAUUUGCCUUGUUCCUGAAUCAGAAAUGAAUUGCACUAACUUGAGUUCUGAUAGUGUGUGAGAUUUUGAAAUAAAAAACAAUAGAGAAAAAAAAUCAAUAGACUAGUUUUGCUAAGGACUUAAAGAAUGACUCAAAUAUAUCUACUGCACAAAUUUUUUUUGGGAUCCCUAAUUUUGGAAUAUUUCAUUGUCAGCCAAUUACCAGGUAUGGUAUUGAACUGUUUACAAAUGCUAGCAAAAUGUAAGCACAGGUAAAGGUAAACUAACAAUGCCGAUGGUUCAGCUGAAUCUUGUAUGUAGCAGGGAAGCCAGGAAUGUCACUAUGUGUUACCACUACAUGAGGCCAUUAAGAUCUACAUAGACUUGACUUAGAUGUAUCUUUGAAUACCUUAUAGUGGAUUGUAUGAGGAAGCCCCUAAGUAUUUUGUUUUAAAAUUGAGAUUAAGUAAACUAUGCCUUUAUAAUAUGUGUUCAUUGCUGAAUGUGUGUCAGAAUAUUUAGUAGAUAAUAUUACAAAAAAUGCUGUAAAUGCGAGUGAGUUAAACUACAUCAUUCCAAUACUAGGCUAGGUCAUAUAUUUAAUUAAAUUUUAACUUUAAUUAUCAUUAAAAUAAUAAACUUAUAUAGGUUUGUGGUUUUCAAGUACUUACAAGUAGUAGAAGCUGACUGAUAGUAUUACUUUGGAUUAUAUUACAUUGAAAAAGGACACUUAAAAUGCUUUUUGAUAGUCGUCAUUAAGGCACCUGUGUGCGUCUAAUAUACUGUACUUUAACUGUAUCAGGAGCUUGUCAUUCAUUCUAAAAGGGGAGGGGGAGCAAUGAAAAGCAUGACUGCUAAUAAUAAGAUGAAUUGAUUUGUUAUAUCUAUUUUUGUAUUCCACUUGCUUAGAUAUUUGCUUUCAGUAAUUUGUUGAUUUUGUUUUAUUUUAUUAUAACUGACCUUUUUUAUUUAUAAUGUACUUAUGUUAAACUGGAUGAAUGAGGUUCACAGACUUUGUGUUAUAGUGAUUCAGUUCGCUUUUGUGUUCCUGCCAACUCAUCCAGUGUGUUGUACUUGUAUUUUGUAUGUAUUCCACCAUUGUAUUAUACUUUGUUUUUUGUUUUUGUUUUUUGUUUUUUUUGGCGAAUAAAGAAUAAGAAUAAGAAUGUGUGCCUACCAAACAAUGCACAAGCCACGUUAUCAGUUAUCAUUAUGUCAAAAUGUUAAAUAGUGUGUGAAGAGUAAAUCAAUGAUUGAUUGAUUGAUUGAUUGAUUGAUUGAUUGGUAUAAAAGGUUCACAAGAGAUUAUAUUAUUUUUACAACUGUAUAAUCACUUUUUUUUUCUUUCAAUAGUAAAUACUAUAUUUUUCCCUCUAGUAUUUUUAUAUAAUGUGUAAGUAGUUACAAUUUCAAAUGUUAUUCUCAACUUAAUUUAAUAUAUCUAUCUGGUUUUUACUAAUAUACAUAGACCUGUAUACAUAAUACAAAUAUAUAUAGUAGUAUAUUUACAUAUAUACAUAUAUAUAGGAUAUAUAUGUAUAUUCUUAGAAACCAACUUUCUCAUAAUAACUGAAAGGUCCACCGAUUAAUCUCAGAUAAGAAAGUAUGUAUGUAUAUAUUAUACUUUCGUAUCUUACUCUGAGUAUUGAAAUGCACGACAGCACGAUGGUGUGCACUUCAAUACUUGGACUAUGUUUUUUUACUUUCUCAACUUUCUCAUGAUUCUUAAGUUAAAUUAAAGCCCCAUUCUCGGCAAAAUUUUACUAAAAAAGAUGAGAAAUACAGACUAAUUCUCCCUGAGAUUACUAUUUUCUCGAAGAAUUCUUCAUUACUAGGCAAAUUCAUAGGUUGUAGAUCGCAUCCGCUGGAAUGCUCUCACUUUUAUGUACACUUUAUACAGUCAAUAAAGUGCACCCUCUCUAAUGAAAUUGGUUUUUGUACUUCGCAUCUCGCACACUGCGAUCGAUUGAGUAGGCCUGAAUUAUGUUUGUUUAAUUGUCAAAAUCUCGGUCAGAAUCCUUUUUCUUAACAGAUUUGAAAUAAUUCCUAUAAAAUAUAGUGUCAAUACUAGCAACGGAAAAUAUCAUGUCAGCUAGGCCUAGCCUAGCAGUGUUGGAUAGGCUAAUGUUUACUUACCAAUGUUUUCGGUGCCUACUAUGUUUCUUCGCAGACCUAUCGCAAAAUCAAACAUGAAAAAUCUAUUCGCAUUUAUUUCUUUUGUGGAACACAAAAAAAAUUAAAUUUCAGUCUUAUUUUACAUUUUUUUAUGUUUAGGAAUGUCUAAAUUCAGUUAAAUUAGCAAUAUAAAUCUUUAUAGCAUUAGGCCUAUAUGAAAAUCAGAUUUUUCUUAACAACUGAAAUCUUGCCAGGAAUUGGGCUUUAAAUUAUUUGACAAAGACAAAUAAACAUUUUUUAUACUCUUUCUAACCAACGAAUAAAAAAAAACUCAACCGGUUGAUGAGUUACAUUAUAAUGAAUUCAUAACCAAAAACCUAAAUGGAAAUAAUUGUAUUAUUACUUGUUUCUCGAAACUUAUCAGGGGCGGAUUUAGGGAGGUAAAAAAAGAAGAAAAAAAGAAAGAAAAAGAAAAAAAUGGUAGACCAGAACGCCUCAAAUGUUAUUUUCAGGCGUCUUGAACACAAAAAUUUCCGACCCCCUAGGAUUAUGUUGUCUCGAUCGACCCAACUUUUGGCCCCCCUUUCCCCCUUUUGGACAUCUCUGGAUCCGCCCCUGCUUAUAAACAACCUGUGUGCUGCCACAAUUUCUGAAAUGAAACGCUUUGGAAAUAUGUAAUAUAACUGUUAAGAUACAAUAAGCGUACACUGAAAUGUAACUACAAGAUAAGAAACCACAAUAUUAUUAAUUUAGAUUCUGUUGUGAUAUUAUUGUUUUGACAACUCUGAAUCUCCUUGAUAAUUAGUGUAAGUUAUCGUCUUGAUGUAAAAAGAAUACAAAUUAUAGUUGGCAAAACCUAUGUGAAUAAUUAUAAUAUUUGAAUAUUAAACAAGAAUUGUAUUUUAUUCUAAUGCAUGGUAAGAUGGUAUGGUUAAUCAAUAUUGGCUGUAAUUGACAAUGCAUCCAUAUGUUACAGUACUUAUUAAUGGAUUUUGCUUGUAUUUAACAAUAAUCAUUUGGCCUUAACAUUAUUAUAAUAGUAAAUAAAUUACAAUGCAUGUGAAUAAAUAAUAUUGAAAAAUUAUCUCAAGUGAGAUUCCUCUAAUAGCUAAGUUAGGAGACCAAGUUUGUGUAUUCCGUUUAACUGUAAUCUCUAAGGACACAGACUCUUUAUCCUUGAAGUAUUGUGUUCUGUGAUACAGAAUACCAAACACAGUGAAAAUGUGUGUGUGUGUUAAUAACAGUAUUAAUGUUUAAGCCCCUAAUAUGGUUCGCAUUCUAGUACAGUAUAUGUCUAAAGGCCACAUAUAAAUUCUAUAUGAAAUAUAUCGUCAUAGAUAAGUAUGCAUGUGUUUACUCUUUCAGCUUGGUGUUUUCAAGCAAUUGUCUUCCUUGGUCUGACAUUGUGUUUCAUUGGUCUGCCAAUAUCCAAAUGUACAAGCAAGCCACUGCCGGCGGCAUAGGGUAUUUAGGGUGGGCUGGUGGCCUUAGGUCCACCCAAUAAUUUUAGUGGAUGCGCCAACCCUUCAGUAGGCUCCGCCAAUGAUUUUCCCAACAAAAUUUUAAUAUUGAUUUUGACAUGACAACUGGGCGGUGGAUCACCAGUUGGCUGUUGUUUAUUGUGGUCGGAAGGUAUUAUAUGAUGGCGUUCAGCGACCCCCUGGCCACAGCCUUAGUUUUUCGCAAAGUGCUUACCGGGCCCACUCAACGGUCAAAAUGUGCUGCCGUCUAUGGAGCAAGCUAUCAUAUCAGUAUUAUUCCUCUGUAUUUAGUAAAAGUUUUUAUUUGUAUUGGACACUUUAUAUAACAUUUCUUUGUAGAAAUAUACAGUAUUUGUUGCUUUUUUAUUUAUGUCAAAAUUCCCUUUAUAUAUAUUACGGGUAGGUAAUCAGAUCUUGCAUCCUUUACUGGUCGAGAUCUGGAUAAAGGCAAAAUAGAUGAGGUACGUAUGAAUGGGCCUAAACUAUUUUGUCCAAGUGAAGUCUCCAUAAACCUAUUUUUAUAGAAAUUAAAGAACAAAAUAUUUUUGCAUGUAACUAGAUUUUGAAUUAAUUGCUUGACGAAUCUUGCAUAUGGUGAUUAACUGUUAAUUGUUUUGAAUAAAAAUGUAAAUUCAUUAAGAACUUUGUUUACUGUAUAAAAGAAAAAAACAAAGAUUAUAUCGGUAAUUGACAUACAGUUUCUUUAUUCAAAACAAUGUCCAUGCCGAAUGUAUAAUUAUGUCUAUAUUGGUCAAAAUAUAAUUGAUAAUCAGUAAAAA